AUGGAUGCAGAGCAGGGAGAUCCUCUUCUUAUCACCUUCCAGCUUCGUCCAUGCACAUGCCAAGCGUUGGGACAGUUUGGUGAUCUUGAUCCCUGUUAUGAUCCUCAUGGUGACUUGGCAAUAAUCGAACUCGACAGAGAUAUACCAGCUGAAGAAGGAACACCAAUUUGUAUGCCGAAGAGGAACGAGACCUUGCAAAAGAAACUGACUGCAGUUGGUUAUGGACAAAUAAGGCCCAAUCCGAAUGGUACUGUAUUGAACUACCUACAGUCAGUAAGCGUGGAUUUUGCUAAUGUCACUGAAGCAAACAAAGUUUUCACAACAAUAACUAAAGGGAGAUCAAUUUGCAGAGUGAGUUCCAUGUCUUCCUCGAUUCCUUUUCAAAUGAAAAAGCAAAGCAUGGUAAGAUUCUUUACGCGAGAUGUUGGAAUCUGUGCUAUCAUAGCAUUUGUUAUGGAAUUCAAUAUAUUCACAGUCAUUACCCCACAACUAAGAGGACGUGUGAGGGAGCGUGCACCGAAAUGCAGCCAAGGCAGCGUUCUCCAACAAUUGCUGCAUCAGGAUUAG